AUGAUCAAGAGCUGCGCAUUCAUGAACUGCAGCGCUCUGAAGCACGUGGAGAUCCCAGCAUCUGUGGCCAGCAUUCCGGAGCGAGCUUUCGCAUACUGCACAGGUCUUGAAAGCAUCAAGAUCCCGGACUGUGUGACCAACAUAGGGGAGCUCGCCUUUGCUUACUGCAAGGGCCUGAAGCAUUUGGAGCUGCCCAAGUCCUUGGUGAUGGUGGGGGAGGCAUCCUUUCAAGGUUGCUUCAAGCUGGCCAGCCUCCGGAUUCCCAAAUCCGUGACUACCCUUGAGGGCUUUGCCUUCAGCUACUGCAGUGUCCUGAAACAUGUUGAGAUUCCGGAUUUGGUGACCACGAUUCACGACGCAACUUUCUCCGUUUGCGUGGGCUUGGAGAGUGUCAAGAUCCCCGAUUCUGUGACAAGCCUGGGAUAUCAUGCCUUCAGCUACUGUGCGAAGUUGAGACACGUAGAGCUCCCAGAGUCGGUGACAUCGCUCGGCGAAGGUGCCUUUUGCUGCUGCAUUUGCCUCCAGAGCAUCAAGUUACCCAACUCCUUGACUCACAUUGGGCUUCGCGCUUUCAGCCAUUGCCCGGAGCUGAAACAUGUGGAGAUACCCCCCAGGGUGGUCCGCAUUGACGCAGAGACCUUCGCCUGUUGCUACGAGCUGCAGACGGCCAAAAUUCCAGACUCGGUGGUUAGCAUCGGGAAGCGUGCUUUCGAGUGCUGCAGAUCGUUGAAGCAC